UCUAAAUCGAUCGAAGGCUGGGCAUAGAUUGGCUUUGACAAGACUUUAGCGUCAGUGCAUCUGGACAUUCUGGAGGCUCUGGACGUUAGCCACCACCUUUGGAAAUGUCAUCUGGUACCGACAGUCUGACAAGUAUCUUAGGGUGGGUACAGAUCAAUGAGAAGAAUUAACAAGAACGCUGACAUUUUGUGUGUGGAGGAUUCCAGGAAUUAAAUCUUUUUGCAUAUCUAGUUUUAGAAUAAGGUGAAGUAAUCUCCAGCUAUUUGUGACAAAAUUGGAAGUGGAGACGUUGCUACGACGUACCUGGACCUAUGGCGGAAAGGUUUCAGAAGCAUCCGUGACUUGGCUAUCGUUUAAGAAAGUAUAGACGUUGAGGGGUUUUGAAUUUAUGAAAAUGGAUUUCAUGAAGAAUUACAGUUUCCCCAAUGGGUCAUAUGGGAAUGUUAACUUUUCCUUCAUGCCAAGGCAGAAUUUUGUCAACCCUCUAUCGGACACAAGUAUGAGAAUUCUCUUCAUCGCAAUCUACGCCUUUGUCUUCAUAUGCUGUUUCUUUGGGAAUGUGACAGUACUGAUCGUCAUCAUCAAGAACAAGAGGAUGAGAACACGGACUAAUUUCUUCCUGGCCAACCUAGCAGUAGCUGACUUUCUUGUAGGCAUCUUAUGUAUCAUACCAAACCUGUCCGUCAACCUCUCACCGAAGUGGCGUCUUGGACGUGCGAUGUGCAAGAUCUAUUACUUUGUCCAGAACAUGAGCUACACGGCAUCGAUGUUAUUUCUCGCCGUCAUCGCCAUUGAACGUUACGUCGCCAUCAUGCAUCCCCUGCGAUCACGCCAACUCUUCACCAGCGUUCGACUUCAAAUAGCCCAGGUCUGCAUCUGGCUAGUUGCCUCCAUCUCCAAUGUACAAUUAUUAUUCAUAUUCGACAUCCAUGGAAUGGUGGGGUCCGACGGUACAUAUAGUGAAUAUUGUUUCCAUACUGCUUCAAUAUUUACAAUGCGAGCUCUCGCGACCGUCAACAUUGUUCUUUGGUAUACGGUUCCUCUAGGCGUAAUGGCGAUUGUGUACACUCGUAUUUCGAUAAGUUUAUGGUCCACAAGUAAAAAUGCUUUGGUUCAAUCAAAGGAGAGCGAUUCCUACAAGAAAGACCAACAUGCCAUUCACAAGAAGCCUUGUUCGUGUGUUCGGCUGAAUGACAGUCACAGCAGUGAUCUCGACGAUAAAGAAGUGACCAAGGUUACGUGUAAUACAGGUGUUACGGAAAAUAGUUCUUCUUCUGAGACAAGAAACGAAAAAGGUUUAAAAUCAAACCUUCGUAAUGGAAGUACGAACAGCAGUUCCUGUCAUGAUGGUCGACGUUCUCCAAAUAAAGUUCGAUACUGUCUUCCUAACGACAAAGGCCAUGCACACAGGCAGGAAAAGAAUAAGACACACCUGUCAACAAGUCGGUCCCUGUCCCCAUGGCAAAUCCGACGUUCCACACAAGCCCGUCAAUCACCCAAACUUUCCAAGCGUGAUUCGCCCAAUUCGCUCAAGAUGGAGGUGUCCACGGACAUGUACAGUGAAGUGACAUUUAGUGAAGACACGGACAGUGUUCGGAGCCGGGUCUCGGUAAGGAGGCCUCGCAACACACGGAUGAGCUCCCGGAAGGCUCUGUCCUCGAGACGUCGGGUUAUUAAGCUGCUUAUGGCGGUGCUUGCCACGUUCGCCAUUUGCGUUCUGCCACAUCACUUGCGCCUUCUCCUUCACUACUGGCAAGUAUUCCCGGGACCAAAUGUCAGCCUCUUGCCACCGAUAACAUUCAUAAUGCUCUAUCUCAACAGUGCCUUGAAUCCUCUUCUGUAUUGGUUGUUUUCAGACAGCUUUCGACGGAGUUUCAAGGAUACAUUUUUCUGUUGCCGGAAAAUGUCAAAAACUGGACGUUAUACUGUCACUUAGAAUAUAUAGUCGGGUCAUCGCGUUUCGUACUAUGUAUUUAAUAGAGUCACCAUUUUAUGAAAUAACUGUCUAAACUGCUUAUUCAAUAGUUACAUUUCUGACAUUAUUGUUUCGUGGAUGAACUUCUAUUUUACUCGACAGUAAGUCGAGAUCCGUGUUGCAAUAUUUCAUGUUCCAGUGUGUUUGAUGACCAGACACAUCUACAAGCUGAGCCCUCGAGCUCGUUCCUUAAAAUUAUAUUAGCUUGGAUUUUAACGAAUUCGUAGCACAUUGUCAUGUUCAGACACCAAAUAUACAAAUGUUCUCCUGUAUAGUUUCUGUACAUGUUGUUGGCAACAUUGGG